AGAAACUGUUAUUUAAUACAUGAAAUUUAAAACUCCAAGUUUUAUUCCAAUCCGCGUUUUCAUUUGUAAAGAAGUACUCUUUCCUGUUACGCCAAGCCAACACAAGUUUUGUUUUUAGAAAAGCAAUUAAGGAAGCAAGCUAUCAAUUUAAUUGAACUUAAAGAAUGGUCCGAUUAAGUGCCCAACUUAUCAACAUGUCCGCUCAGAAACAUAACCCAGUGAGGGACUGGGAGUUAGAUUUAAGAGGUUUGUGUUUGUGCAGUUUCCAUUUUGAUUAGUAAUAAUUUACACAUAUACCGAAAUGACCACUUUUCGAUAACUUAACACUUAUGACUUAAUAAACUCACACUUUUAAGAUUUUUUCCCCUUAAUCUUGGUAUCAAAAAUUCAUUUUAAGUUUAAUAUUGCAUAGACUGGGGAAAAAAAUUAUUUUAAAAAUAAAGCAAUAUUUGUAAAGCAAACUUUAAAUUUAAAAAUGUAACCAACAUCAACUUUGAGUUCUAAUGUCUAAUUCUGUAAGUGUAAGUGUAAGUAACUCAACUGUGGUAGGCUCUUUGGCACUUAGGUUAAGCAAGGAAUACUACUUCAAAAUUUGUAUGAGAGAUGGGUGUCGGCGCAGAAGAGUCCAAUUUUUAAAUUUUUGGACGCUGAGUCUGAGUAGUUCAACUAGACAAGGCAAGGGUAUCAGUCUGAGUGUAUUUGACAAUCUUAAAAUCAUCAGGUGCUAUACGUCUUUUGCAGAAGACUGAGGAUAGGUAUUUUGAUACUGCGCAUGCCCCAAAAUGUCGAUUAAGCUUGUUCUACAAUAUGGUGUACAGCUACAUUAUGGUAUUUUUGGAAAAUUGAAAAUCACAUUAAAAUUGGUACUUUGACUGAGGAACAUUUGGCUUAUGACCUAUGAACAUGAAGAUAAAAAAAAAUGCAUAAAUUUAUUAACAAUAAUAUAAAGAUAUAAAUUCUGCAACAUAUAAUAGUAUCCCUAGUCAUCAUUGAGUCUAGUUAUUAAAAAUUUGUUAAAGAUGAGUUUAAAAAUGUAAUAAAUUUCUUUUUCCCUGUUUUUAUAUCUUAACUGAUUAACUACCAGAUUGAAAAACCUUCUGUGGCCAUAUUAAAUCUAGGUCACAUUUUUUUCAUUUUAGGUGAAUGUACAAAUUCAGCUGCAGUUUUCUCAAUUAUAAACAUAUUCUAAUGAUUAAUAAACCAUUUUGUUGGUAAUUGAAUUUUCUAUAAUGUAAACUUUAAACAUUUGUAAAGUUAAGUUUUUUUAGGAAAUUAUUAAUUGUUAAAUUAGUAUUUUCAAUAGAAAAACCAUAAAAAUAUACUGAUGUGCCAACUUACGUUAAUUUAAAUCCUUUUAUUUUGUUGUUACUAAAUAGUAUAUCCAAUAAUAACAAAAAUGCACCAAAGAACAAAGAAAUUGAAAAAUAUUUAUACUUCCAAUCACUCAUAUUCCUUCAGUAGCCAUGUCAGUUGUUGCCGCGGUAGUCCUGUACUAUUUUGUAACUAGCUAAGAAAUAAAAUCAAAAUUAAUUAACAUUUCGUUUUUUAAAACGUUCUGCCGAUAGUAGGCACUCCAAUACUUUCGCCGCCCGUGUUAGAAAAACGAGGCCUGCCGAGCGGCGAUCGCUGUGAUCAGCCGGCGCUUUUCGUUUUCGGUAGAUCUUGGUGAUUAGUGUUGUUUUGCGUCAUUUCUAAAAAUAGAGGACUCUCCUUGGUUUUAUUUAAAUCUGCGAUGCAUGCCGGUUACGAGGGUAUGAAUUAAGUGGAAAUCUGACCUUGCUGAGACGAAUAAUUGGAAAGUUGACGUGGGGUAAGUGAGUUUGCUGUGCUAUAUUUUUUUUUUCAAAUCGCGUUCGGACUUGGAAAUUACUUGUUCGCAUAGAUUAUAUAUUUUAAAAGCAGAAACACUUAUUUUAAAGAGUAUAGAUCGUCCCCAAAAUUUAUGAGAGCUUGAACCGUGUGACUAAAAAUUCAAGGUUGCCAAGUCGUGGCCAUUUUUUCCCCCUCGAUCUACCGGAAGUGGUAAAUCUCUAAUGUAAACAGUGGUUAUUAUUAUUUAAAACCUUUUUCAAACAACUAAAUAAAUAUUUCCUGUAUUAUAACUUAGUAGUUUGAUUUUAAAUAUAUACUUUUUAAUAACUGGUUUUUAAUAAUAAUUACACUUUAGGCCUAUAUAGUUAUUAUAUAAGAGCAGGCUUUGGAUCAAUAAAACUAAUACAUAUACUGAGAUAAAACAACAAAGUCAAAGUGAUAAAAGUGCUUUGACAUACAAAUAGCAAUGAAUUAGAUAGUAAGAUAUCCCCUAGUCCUAGUUAUUAUCAGCUAUAAGUGUACAUAUAAUAAAGAACAUUGUGAAGCCUAUUUAAAAAUAUUGAAUCAUUAUUUACAUGUACCGGUAUUCAUAAAUUAAUAGUCCUAAUCUUUAUUUUUUAUUUUCCAGAGUUACAGAUUGUAAUCACUCCCUGUAAUUUUGAUAUGUAUUUACUUGGAGGAGAUCAACAAACAACCCAAUUUGAUAUUGACAAUGGAGGCAUAUUUUUUUAAUGUACCAAUUGAUGAGGAUGAAGUGUUGCUAGACCUCCGGAGCCGAAACAAUGUCGACAGAUUACAUGACAUUUUAAAAUUUUGCAUAGCAUGAUUUUAAUUGCUUUUGAUAUAUUUUAAUACUCUAUUAUAUUUGGUUGGACACUAUCUAUUUUUACUGAAAAUUUGAUUGCAUUAGCUUUAUUAGUUUAAAAGUUGUAUAUUUAAAUGUAAAAAAUUUCUCGGCCGCAGUUGCUUUUCAUAAAAUAUUAUUUCUACUACUGCAUAAAUUUUUCUGAUCUGUAUUUUAUUUAUGUUAAAUAUGCCUUACUUUUAGAUGGACAUUAUCUGUUUGUAUUGAAAAUUUCAUAGUGAUAGCUUUAUUGGUUUAAUAAUUAUGUCAUUUUUUGAAGAAAAAAAUUUGUUCGACAAUUGUCGUUAUCCAUGCUAUAUGCUUAUAAAAAAUUUUUUCAAAAAAUAUAAUAAGUUAAUUCAAAAUUCAUGUGUUUAAUUUUGUUAAACAUUGUAUUGUAAAUGUGUUCUCCAAAUUUGAGCAGUAUAACUUUAAAAGCCAACAAGAUACAACCAAAAUAGUACAAAAAGAGUAAUAAUUAGAUCACAGUUUUAAAAAUUAAAUACAAAGCCAAAUAGUGGGAAAAAAUAAAUCACUAAAAAAUUCAUAACUUUUCUUCUACAAGUGAUAGAAAGAUUAUCUUGGUGUCAAUGGAAAGCUUAAAGUCAGCUCUUUCCAAUGAUAUGCUCUUUGUGUAUGUCAGAUGUAUCUGAAAUUUUGAGUUGGAGUACCUACCGAUAGCAUGCGUUUCGAAUAUAAACAUCCGGUCGAUAAAUUAAAAUCUUGAGGCGAAACGGGAACGGAAUAAUAUAAAUAUUUGACUCGAUUUACUAUGAUAAUAACAUUGGCGCUACCAGUGGCUGGUGGCCAUACGGAACAAACACCAAGCCACUCCCAGCGGCUCAUGGUAGUUAACCAGUUAAACAUUAAAAAGAUUCAUUUUAUUCAUUUAUUAUAAUUUUUGGGGGGGGGGUAACAUUUGCUGACAUAAUUAGUUAGAGGGGUCCUUAAAAGUUUGACAUUUGUCAAAUGGGGAGGGAGGUGGUCAAAAACUUCCUAAACAUAGACAUAUUAAUAUACAUUAAUGGAUAACCCCCAGGCUUGAAAAAAGAAACAGAAAUCCCAGUUCAUUGAUUUCAUUUGUCAUUUUUUACUGGCAAUGGACUGUACCUCCCCAUUAUGUGACCCCUUUUUGUUUUCAUUUUGUGAUUGGGGGUGGGGCGUUCUUCUAAUUUAGAAAGGUCAAGAUUCAGAUGACAACGAGUUUUAGUAACCUAUUCAUUUAUUUUAGAUUCCUUUUUAAAAUUCACUAUUUACAUCAUAUAUAUAUUUAGACUAAUUAUCAGAAUACGCUUGGCUUUUGUUCAUCCUUUGGACAAAUUAAUUUAUAGUGGUUUCUGAAUGGAAGUAAGCCAGUUAAUUGUUCAAAGCACAAAAAUAUUGCUGGUUAAGACCAGUUAAUACUACCCUAUUCUAAAUGAUGAUAUUUUCAACUUGCAAAUAAGUAUAACCUUGGCCCUACCACCUAUUGUUCCUUGUAAAGUCCUGUAUUUAAUCAAAUUUUUAAAUAGAAUUUAUAGCUGAAAAAUGUAUGUCUAAGUUUGUAUAUUCUUUAUAAUAUUAUACAGGAUACAGAAUACCAGUUAUUGAGAACCUGGGUGCAACUCUUGUAAGUUGUUUUUUUUUAGUUAUAGGCUACUGAAAAUAUCUAUGUAUUGUUAUAAUAGAUAAGUUAUGGCUGCAUGUAAAUUAAAUCACCUUUAUAGCCUAGGUUAUCAUUCUAAUGAUAGUAAACAGGUAAUAAAUGUAUGUGUGUAAAAUCUCAUACUGGUAUGUAAAUGUUUGAAGAGGAAAUCUAAAGUGUUCAUAAAUGAAACACAUUUAUGGAAAAAAAAAUUUUUUUAGGAGGAAGAAAUUCAUUAUUAAGUGUCGAUUUCUACUCAAGUUUCAAUUAUUUUUUUACAGGACCAGUUUGACACCAUUGAUUUCACAGAUAAUGAUAUCCGCAAACUGGAUAAGUUUCCACUUCUGAAGCGUUUGAAACACAUUUUGUUAAGCAACAAUAGAAUUGUGUAAGACAAUUUAUGUUAUAAAUGUUUUGUCUAAUCAACAUAUUUAAUUAUAUAUAUAUAUGGUCAUUGAUAUGCUUUAGCAAUCAGAUUGUAAGUUUCCUUGUAUUAAUAGUUAUGCUCUUAUGUACACAGGCGUAUUUCUGAAAAUCUUGAAGAAAAUCUUCCAAGUUUGGAAACUUUAAUUUUGACUAACAACAGUAUCAAAGAGCUUAUAGAUAUUGACCCGCUUGGGACUGUCACAACACUUAAAAACCUCAGGUAGGUCAACUGUCUAAAUUUUCUUCAUUUUGUUUAAUGAGAAUAUAUCACUAUCUUGAGUCUUGUAUCAUUAUGUGGCCCAGUGGUUCCCAACCUGUGGUAUGCAUACUCAUAGGGGUACACGGCGGACUGCUUAAGGUUAUGCUAAAAUAUAUUAAUAAUGGCGGAAAAGGGAAGUAAAAAGUAUUUCGAGAAACUGUAUUUCCAUAUUUAAUAAUAGUAAUAAUAAAGCUUAUUUGAAAAUCACGCUUAUCCCCAAAGGCUCGAGGCGUGGUACAAAUUCAUCCAUAUUAAAAGAGAAAUGAAAAAAUCUAUAUUUUACUACAUUGAAAUACAAAACGCAACAUAACAAAAACUACAUACGAGAAUACCCAUUCUAAGUCUUUCAUCCCUUGCAACCAUAAACAACACAGGCCACUAUACAUCUAGGAGAUAUUAGCAGUAUUUACCUAUUCAACCCUGUAAUGGCUGGUACUGAUUCAGCCCUGUAUCUUCAAAUCCGACCACUCGACAGUCUGUUUACACGUUGCUGUAAAAAAAAUGAAAUCUUGCCGUUUGUAUGAAAAUCUCAUGAGAAGCGAGACCUGUGGAGAUACUGCCAUUGUAUUUUUAAAAAAAUAUUUUUUGAUUGUCUGAGGAGUAUUUUUUAUUUGAAAUGAAAAUUAAUUUUUAAUUGCUAUGAUCUUUAGUAGUCAAUUACUUAGUCCAAAAUUGACUUUUAAGAAUUUAGACAACAAAAGCAUUUGGAAUUAAUGUUAUACAACACAUAAAGCAAUCAGUUAUGAAUGCAAAUCAAUUUAUUUCUUAUUGAUAUAUUGUUUAAAAGAUUUUUUAAAAAAAAUUUGUUCUAACCUAUCUUCGGUAAGGGUGGAGCUCUUCUUCUUUGGCUUUAAUAUGAUAAAAUUUCUUAGCAUCCAGAAUUGAAUGAGUUAAAGUCCGAUAUUUAAAAUUUAUAUUGAUUUUUGUUCCCUUUUAUUUAACCAAAUACUACAUGGCUAUGUUUAUUUUUGAGAAUCGCUUACCUACCAGUCAUUUAUUUGAAAAAAAAACUAAAAAAAUACUGAAAUAACUUGCAAAAUGGAAAUUAAAAGCAUAUAAAUGCCAAUAGCUAUAUCUGCUUCAUUUGAUUAUUUAGUUAAUUUUUCUUUUAAUACUUUAGAAAUGAGUUGGGGGGAUACUCAUAAAUGAAAAGUCUAAGCAAGGGUGGAGGAGAAAAUAAUGGUUGUUUACUGCCGAUAUAGCAUAAUUAUUAAAUUUUUAAUGCAUUAUGUACUUGCAGUCUUCUGGGUAAUCCUGUAGUGACAAAAAAGAACUACAGAUAUUAUGUGAUUUACAAAAUUCCAAGCUUGAAAAUAUUAGAUUUCUCACGGAUAAAACAGAAGGUAUUUUGAUUUCUAUAAGUAAGCUCAUGUACAUAUCCCAAAUUUAAUAUUAGACAAUAAUAUUUGAUUUUGUGAAAGAUCCCAAUAAGGAAAUUAUGUCCUGAUAGAUCCCAAAGCCACAUCACAUGACUCUCCUAUUUAACACUUCCUCUUAUCAGCUUAAUAUCAAAUUAAAGGUUAACAGUACAAUCUUUUUGUCACCCCCUUGCCCUUUUUUUAAAAUUAUUAUUUUUUUAACAAAAUAUUUGAGCUGUUUGUUGUAUGUAGGUCACUUUAGGAAGCUGUGAUGUCUCCUUUGUUGUUUUUAGGUUACCUUAAGGUAGCUGUGUAAUUUAGCAGAUCUGUAAUUUUAAAGUUAAUAUUGAUGGAUGUUUGUCAGAGGAAAAGAAAUAUAAAGAUUAUAGUGGCUAGACUUCAAUAUUUAUUGUGGGUUUCUGUUAAAUAAAGUACUUUCUUAGUCAUCUUUAAGUUAGCAAACUGGUUUAAUGAACUCUUCUCUCAAAGCUUGACCCUAGGGAUGAUGGUCUUAUGGUAAUUUUGAUCAUCUGUGCCUUUGGGUUUAUAACUGUUAAUCUAGGCAAUAAUCAUAUAAUAACAUAAACAACAAAAUGGUGUUAAGAAUUUCUGUAGACCAUGAAUUUGUUUUGUAUUUAAAGGAGAGGGAAACAGCUUUAAAAAUGUUCAAGAAAAAGAAGGGCCAACAACAGAUGCCAGCACCAGCAGAAAAUGGGACAAAAGCAAAAACAUUCACACCAGGAGAGAAUCUCACACCAGUGAGGCAGAUCCCAACUGGACCAACUAAACAAGAUGUGGCAGCUAUAAGAGUUAGUUUUUUUCCCCUCAUUUAUUUAUUUAAUUUUUCAUCCUUAACUCAUUCCCAACGUUUGCGACUAAAGGCGUCCUUUACGGGUUUCGCCGGAUGUGUCCAAAUGCAUCCCGGCGCAUAGCGACACACCUCUCUCAUAUCUAUUUAAAAAUAGCAAUUAAAUCUCGCAUCCCUCGAGACUUCCGGUGAUGGCUUGGUUCAUCGUGAUUUUAAUUUAAAAACCGGAAGUUUUUAUCUUGUUUCACUUUAAAACUACGCAUGCUUUAUUACGGUGCGUCUAAAUGUAGCAUGUGUUCGUCCGAGGUGCCGAAAAUUGAUUUUUUGGCCAUUGUUCGUUAUUUUUUCCCCGCUAAUGUUAUAUUUAUAUUAAACCUUACUCAUUUUUUGUUGCAUUUGUUCUUAAUUCGUUAACAUUAAAUAAUAUUUAGCAGCUUAAAUAAAUAUUUUACAAAUGUAAAUCAAUUGCAAGACGGAGUUACUUCCCUUUCUCAGGCAAAAAAAAUUAAAUACGAAAGUAGCAUUGCAGGAGGGAAUGAGUUAAUGACGAUUUUGCUAGCAGCCGAUUAUAUCUGCCGUGACACCACAGAAAGGGGUAUAGUGGCCUGAAGAUUGGUCGUUAUGACAGUUAUAGGGUUAAACACAAGACAUCUAAUGUGUUUCUCUAGUGUAGAAAUCAACCAUCCCUUAGUGACAAUGACUUAAUUAGUGAUUAUUUAGCUUUGGCAACCGCUGGGGGAGCACACUGGUAAAUUUGUACGGAGUGGGGAAAAAAAAAGAAUUUUUAUAUCUUUUGGCCCUUACUUUAGCUGAGCUGAUCUUAAGUAUCUGUGAUUAAGAGGGUGGGAUGUGUCAUGAAAUUUUUUUAAAAGAUUUACAACUGCAUAUUGUUCAAGUUUCAAUUAGAGAUUUUUAGUUUGUGUGAUAUUACUAGCUUUUUUGAUUAGUCUAUUUAAUCCGUGUUUUAAGUCAGAGGAUGAAUAAUUCCAGCACCAGUUUAGUUUAGUUUAUAAGUUUAGUAGGGUUCCAACUGUUGCAUUGUAGAAUAAGUUAAUAACUUGCUUGUUUACACUGAAGUGUAAAAUUUUUGAAGAUACCCGGUAAUUGAAAAAAUAAAUGCUGUCCUGAGUCAUGGUGAGUUUUCUUUAAUUUGCAGUUUGUGAAGUUUCUUAUCUUAAAAGUCUUGUUUAUUCUGUAAUUACUUUUUGUUUUAGAAAGCCAUUGCCAAUGCUCAGACUCUAGAAGAAAUUGAGAGGUUAAACCAGCUGUUGAAGUCUGGCCAGAUUCCAGGUCAAGAGGACUCACAGAAGAGACAAGAAACUGAAAAAGGUUAAGUACAAAAUCAUUGUGCAGUGAGCUCCUGUAACAUAUUAAUGUCUAGGAGUAAAUAUAUGAAUUUAUUUAAUUUUUCCAAAUUUCCUGGUUAAAUUGCAGAUAUUAAAGGUAUUAAUCUCAUGCUAGAGUAAUUUAUUGAAUGUAACUGAUUGAAGUAUUGUAAAAUUUAGUAAUAGUUAUAUCUUAGAAAAUACUUUUUUUUCUUCUGUUUCAUUUCACUAACAUUGAUUUUUUUAAUGAUGUGUUUCAAAUUUCUAUUUUCUCAAGAUAUGAUACUAUGUGUUCUUCAAAUUAUCCAAAUAAUUUUUUUUUAAAUUAGCUGUCUUUUUGAGCUUAAAAUAAUCUCAGAUCAUGGGUUAAAUUUUGAAUUAAAAUAAUCUGUUCUAAUUAUUAAUUUUAAAUUAUCAGCAGAUACAAGAAGACAGUUACAGGAGGAAGAAGAAGAGGAGGAGGAGGAAGAAGAAUAUGGCAAUGACAGAGAGGAAAAUAUGGAGGAUGAUUGAGAGAGAAUAAUUUUUUUUUUCACUCUCAUUGUACAUAAUUCAACUUACCAUCCAUCUUGUUUGUGUGAUUUUGACAGUUCUAGGAUUCUACAAAAAUAUAAAUCUUUUGAAAUGUUAAAAGCAAUUGUUAAAUUUAAAAUGUUUGUUUACUUUUUGCUUCUACAUUUGCAUUGUGCAGCACCAUUUAUAAUUUAUAUCUUAGUAAUGAUUAAAAAUAGGUCAUAGUUGGGAGACAUUUUAAAGGGAAGUAAUGCUGUACUCUGGAUUUGUUUAAGGCCUGAAGGGAGAGAACACACAAUGAAGUUUUUUAUAUACCAAUUUUGUUCUCUGCUUACUUAGACAAAAUAAAAAAAUUAUGUCCUAUUUUUCAGCCCAUCAAGUCGUACAAAAUGGCCAUACUGCAAUAACCGGGUCCAAGGAAGAAGGAAGGUCUUUCUGUGAUUUUAACAAAAUACUUUAAUAUCACUUGAUUGUGUCACAUAUUGUGGCUGAAGGUUCAGAUACUACACAAAUUUUCUGUGGCCCAAGUUUGGUCUACUCUAAUAUAGAACAGAUGCUACAACAUUGUAUCAUAUAUUUUGUUGACAGUGCAGAUGUUACUGUAUAGUAUGCUUAUCACUUAUUUUGCUGACCUGAUAGAGCAGAUGCUACACAGAUACUUGUGAUCAGUUAGGGUUGGAUAAAAUAUUCUCUUCAGUGAGAACUAACUUGAAGUAAUAAAAGAAAUUUCCAAAAAUCUAAUCAUAAAUAAACUUAAAUGAUUUUAUUUUGAUCAUGGUUUGAUUUUAUCUCUCUAAAUUUUGAUUCAAGUUUAUUAGUAAAGGCUUUGAUUUUAGCUGGGAUCAUAAUGAUCAUUGCAGUAAUAUUUGAGAGGUAAUUCUAGCUUCUCUUUCAGAAAUGGUGAUUAAAUAUAAAAGACAUUCAAUGACGGGGUCUGGUAUUUUCCUGAGAGGAGUGGAACAGAAUAUUUUUAUUUUCUCUGUUUACAUGCAGGAUUCUCAAUUGUUACUGUAUUAUAUAAUAAAAUAUGAAAGAAUA